UAAUUUGAAAGAUAGUUGAAAUAAAACUCAUACUAUUCUACUAGAAUCUUUGUUCUUGCUCUUCUCGUCAAUCUGUCGUUUAUUAUUUUUCUUUGUUAAGUCACUAAGUCGGUAUAUUUCUGUAGUCUGUUCUAUUGUCAUGAAUAUCAUUUCCAUUUGUUUUUCUUGUAUAGUUGAAAAGUCUAGUCUCUGACAAAUAGUCUUGUACUUUCUAUUUAAUUUAUAAACAUAACACGAAACAACAUUUUAAUUUAUUAUUAUUAAUAUUCAUGUAUUUUCAAUAUUUUUAUUAAUUACAGAUCAUUACAUAAUAUCAACGAAGAUUACUCAAUAUAAAUAACAUAGAACAAGUAUACAUAUUUAUAUCUUAUGUCAACAUCACAAGGAUUUAUAAAAACUGUUAUGGUAUUAUUAGAAAGUACUAGUGGUUCAGGACAUUGUAUAGUUGGUUUUCGACCACGUUUAUCUACUAAUCGUAAAGAGAAAAUAGCAUUUGAUCCACUUGUUCAACAAAAUGUUUUAUAUCGUGAAUUACGCAAAAUACGUUCAUUGAAAAAAGCAGAAAGUUAAACUAUAUAUGUAUAUCUAUUAGAUAAAUACAAUGUAUAGUAAUUCUUUAUUUUAUUAUAAAUAAAUAAAUGUUCACUUCAUUA